CUUUUAAAAUCUAUUCUUUACAAAUAUAUUAAUAUUUUAUAUAUUUAUUCGAAAUGAAUUAUCAGAUAUAAAUAAAAUUACAUGACCAAAAUAUAUAAAAAACAAAAUUUUUUUCAUAAUUUUGAAAUACAUAUUAAAUACAUAUUAAAUACAUAUUAAAUAUAUUAUGAAGAAAUAUUAUUAGAAUUAAUACGAGAUAUAUUAUGUCUAAAUAAAAAUGAAGAAAGAUGAACUUAAAAUUCAAAAAAUUUCCAAGAUAAAAAUUAAUAAUUAUAUCUCAUUUUCAUAAAAAUAGCAAUUACUAUAAAAAUAAUUGACAUCAUAAGCGGUAAUGCAUUUUACGCUACAAUAAUAUGAAUGAAACCUAAUAUCAUCAAAAUUUGUCAGCAACAUUUAUUAUAUAAUUUUGUUUGUUUAUAUAUAAUAUUCAUAAUGUAUAUAUAAUGCUAAAUAGAUAAUAUAUAGGUAGAUAAAGAUUCUAAAUUAUAUAUAACCUAAUAUAUAAAUACUAUUUCAUUUUAAUUAAAAUUAUUUUCUAAGUAAUUACAGUAAUUCUCUGAGAAUUGUAACUAAAUUUUAACAAAAAUAAUUUAAUUAAAGAAAAAUAUAAGUUUUAAAAAUAAAUUUAUUAGAAUAUUUACAUUUUUACAAAACAAUAAAAUAUUACAUUAUGAAUUAAUAAUAAAUCUUCAUAAAAGUGAACUAUACUUGCAUCAUCUAGAGAUUUAUAGUUCAUGCCUUAUACGUUGCUACGAAAUUGUUGAGAAAACACAAAGAAUGUACGAAUUAUAUAUAAUCAUGUUCAUCUAUCUUUCGCCGUAAUGCGUCAACUAAAUUAAUUCUUUUGUGUAACGUGUACGAUUCGUCUGCACACAAUUUCUAUAACUUAACCUCUUUAAAAUACAUUGUGAAGAUUUUGUACAGAAUCGUGAAAAGAAUGGCGGUUGGAUCAACAAAAGUGGUACAAGUAACAAAUAUUGCACCUCAAGCAACGAAAGAUCAAAUGCAAACUUUGUUCGGGUACCUCGGAAAAAUAGAAGAUAUCAGAUUGUAUCCUACUAUACGGGAUGUCGCAGUACCUGUUCAAUCUCGUAUUUGUUACAUAAAAUUUCAUGAUCAGGGAUGUGUUGCUGUUGCUCAACAUAUGACAAAUACUGUUUUUAUCGAUCGCGCAUUAAUUGUAAUCCCUUAUCAAAAUGGUGACAUUCCAGAUGAACAGAGAGCUCUUGAAUUAACAAAUAAUGGUACAGUUGUUCCAGGUCUUUAUCCUUCUGAGCCAAAACUACCACCAAAUGUUGUAAAUACAAUAGAAGGAAUUCCUCCAAAUCAUGUUAUUACUACUAUAGAUCCAAAAUUAGAGGCAAAUGGAUUGCCACCUUAUCCACAUUUACCUGGCCAUUUAGAUAGCAGAAGAAUUGAAGAAAUAAGAAGAACGCUUGUUCUUGCUAAUUUAGAUCCAUCUGUCACAACUGAUCAUUUAUUAGAUUUCUUCAGUAAUAAUAAUGUUGAAGUAAAAUAUUUACGCAUGUGUACCAGAGAUUCAGAUACAGAACAUUAUGCAUUAGUAGAACUUUCUGAACAAGCAGCUGUAGUUUCUGCAUUAUUAUUAAAUGGAAAGUUGCUUUUGGAUAGAGCAAUUAAAAUUUAUCAUUCAACACAAGCAAUAGCGAAACCUGAAGCAAAAAGUAAUGAAGCAGCACAAAAAGAGAUAGAAGAAGCUAUGUCUCGAGUAAAGGAAGCUCACAAUUUAAUUUCAGCUGCGAUAGAUCCAAUGAUUGGGAUGUUAUCAAAGGAUAAACGAAGUCGUAGUGGUUCUCGUAGUCGAAAAUCUCGAUCUAGAUCGAGAGGACGUAGUAGACGAUCUAGAUCACGUAAAAGAUCACGUUCCCGUCACAGACGUUCACGUUCACGUCAUCGACGAAGAUCAAGAUCUCGAUCAAAACGUUCUCGCUCUAAAGAUCGUAGACGAAAGUCUCCAUCUCGUAGGAGAAGUAGUUCUCGUGGUCGACAUCGUUCUCGUUCUCGAUCUCGACGUUCUCGAUCUCGCAGGUCCAGAUCUAAAUCCAAAGAUCGCAAGAAACGAUCUCCUCGUCGAAGAAGUCGAUCACGAUCUCGAAGUAAACGUUCGAAAUCAAAAUCUAGACGAUCUAGAUCUAAAUCCAAAUCUAGAUCUUCAAAAUCAAAAUAUUCUGAAAAAUCAAGAGAUAAAGAUAAAGAAAGGAGAAGUAAAGAUAAAUCAGAUAAUUGUAAAAAAAAUGAUGACAAGGUUGAUAAAGAAAAAAGCGAAAAGAAGUCUAAUAAAGAAAAGAAAUCUGAAAAAGAAUCGAAAUCUGAAGAAAAAAAUAAAAAUACUUCCGAAAAUAGCGAUACAAAGGAGAAAACAGAGUCUGAAACUUAAAUCUUUAUAACUUAUGAUCUAUAAAAAUUUAUUUACAUCUCUCAGACAUUUUGUUAUUUUGAUGUUACGAUAUAUCGUAAUGUAUUGAUCAAUAAAGAAAUACAAGAAUGACAAA